CAGCCGUCUCAGAGAAGAGGAGAUGGGGAAUCAUCAUGCCAAAGAGAGAAGCCAUCACCAUCACCAUGGCUUCGAUGCCGACCGAGAUGCCAAAAAGUUAUACAAAGCCUGCAAAGGAAUGGGAACGGAUGAGGCAGCCGUCAUUGAAGUCUUAUCUAGCAGGACAUCGGAGCAGAGGCAGCAGAUAAAGCAGAAGUACAAGGAGAAGUACAGUAAGGACUUAGAGGAGGUGCUCAAGAGUGAACUGAGUGGAAACUUCGAGAAGGCAGCUUUGGCCCUUCUGGAUCGACCUAAUGAGUAUGCAGCACGGCAGCUGCAGAAGGCUAUGAAGGGCCUAGGCACUGAUGAGGCCAUGCUCAUAGAGAUCCUAUGCACAAGAAGCAACAAGGAAAUUGUCGACAUCAAAGAAGCUUACCAAAGGUUAUUUGGCAGGAGCCUUGAAUCUGAUGUCAAAGACGACACAAGUGGAAACCUGAGAAAGAUUCUGGUGUCCCUGCUCCAGGCCGGUCGUGAUGAAGAAGACACUGUGGACAAAGAAUUGGCUGGUCAGGAUGCCAAAGAUUUGUAUGAUGCAGGCGAAGGCCGAUGGGGUACCGACGAGCUUGCCUUCAAUGAAGUCCUGGCCAAGAGGAGCUACAAGCAGUUGCGUGCUACCUUUCAGGCUUACCAGAUCCUCAUUGGCAAAGACAUGGAAGAAGCCAUCGAAGAAGAGACGUCGGGAGACUUGAAGAAGGCCUAUUUAACUAUAGUGAGAUGUGCCCAGGACCUUGAGGGCUAUUUUGCUGACCUACUAUACAAGGCCAUGAAGGGUGUGGGGACAGACGAGGAGACGUUAAUUCGCAUCAUUGUGACCAGAGCUGAGGUUGACCUGCAGGGGAUAAAAGCCAAGUUCCAGGAGAAGUAUCAGAAGUCGCUCUCUGACAUGGUUCACUCAGAUACCUCUGGGGACUUCCGAAAACUGCUGGUAGCUCUCUUGCACUGAUCCAAGCCCGAACGAAUCAAAUUUGCAAAUGAGCGAAAACCCUUCACCCCCUCUGGACUGUCUGCUCAUCAGUUUAAAGGGAGCCCGAGGCCCAGCAGCUGAAGUCAGGAGCAGCGUCCUCCAAGGGCUUGAACAGCCUUGAAUGCUGGCUUAGCAGGAACCUAAAGUGCCUCCAGCCUCCCUUUAGCAUUUGAAGCGAAUGCUUUCUAAGCACAAAUGAAACCAGCAGUUGGUGGGGGAGGGGGGGCUGAACAUUUAUAAUAAAAUGUUUAGAAAAUUAUAUGCCUCCCAGAUGCCCAGAGCCAAAGCAGAGAUUAAAUGGCUAAAACGGAAUAGAGGCAAGAUUAAACGGUUUGUUCGUUUCCCUUCUGUGCAUUCAGUUUCAAAGCCUUUCCGUUAAUUACGGUGAUGGUCUGCGCCUCCGUCAGCUGCUUUGCCAAAUUGGCUUGAUGAACUUGGGAUCUCGCCUGGGAAACAGAGAGCUCGGGAAAUCCAAAUGGACUGGGGGAUUGCAAACGUCUAUUAACAAUCACCGGGGAUAGCGGUCAAGGCCGGCAUCGAGGAAAGAGACGGCCUGCCUAUGUGAAAUGCAAAUAGAAGUAAAACUCACUGACCUCGCCUGGUUC